CAUUUUCUGCCUGCCUGCGUUAGAACUUUCUUUAUUUCCCUCUAGCUGCUACGAACCUGCCGCACACAUUCUACGCCAUACACAGAACAGCGCCUCAGUCGGAUGAAUGGUGAUGAUACACAUGUUCGUCGUUCUACUCCCCCUCCUCUCACUCGGCCUUACCCUCGCGCCCUUCGCCACCAGCGACGGCGACCAAUUCAUCUACACCGGCUUCACCGGCGCAAACCUCACCCUCGAUGGCGCGGCCACGGUCACGUCGAACGGCCUCCUCGAGCUGACCAACGCCACAACCCACCAAAAAGGUCACGCCUUCCACCCGACUCCCAUACAUCUCCGCGAGUCCUCCGAUGGCGCGGUGAUGCGGUCCUUCUCGGUGGCCUUCGUCAUCGGCAUCGUGUCCAGCUACACCGACUUCAGCACCCACGGUAUGGCCCUCGUCGUCGCGCCGAGCAAGAACCUGUCUUCCGCGCUGACGGACCAGUACCUGGGCCUCACCAACACCCAGGACGACGGCAACGCCACCAACCACAUGUUCGCCGUCGAGCUCGACACCGUGCAGAACAUCGAGUUCCACGACAUCAACGCCAACCAUGUCGGCGUCGACAUCAACAGCCUCAGCUCCGUGCAGUCCCAUGAAGCAGGCUACUACGACGACAAGAGUGGCAGCUUCCAAACUGUAAGCCUCAUUAGCCGUGAUGCGAUACAAGUGUGGGUGGACUACGAUGGAGAGGCCACGCGGAUCAAUGUGACCAUGGCCCCCCUUGGAAUGGCGAAACCCAAGAAGCCAUUAGUCUCUACCAUCUACAACCUGUCAGCCGUGCUAAUGGAGACAUCUUAUAUCGGCUUCUCAUCGGCGACAGGGCCGGUGAACUCACGUCACUACGUUCUUGGUUGGAGCUUUGGCAUGAACAGAGCUGCUCCGGCGAUUGAUAUCCCCAAAUUGCCGAAGCUACCCCAUCUGGGCUCCAAGCCUCGCUCAAAGGUCUUGGAGAUAACCCUGCCACUAGCAAGUGCAGCACUCGUUCUCGCUUUGGGCACUACCUUGAUUCUACUUGUGCGAAGGCGGUUGAGGUACACUGAGCUGCGCGAAGAUUGGGAGAUCGAGUUCGGACCCCAUCGGUUCGCGUACAAAGAUCUGUUCCAUGCAACAAAAGGGUUCAAGGACAAGUAUUUGCUUGGUGCAGGGGGCUUCGGCAUGGUAUACAAGGGAGUGCUUCAAACUUCUAAAGUGGAGGUUGCCGUGAAGAAGGUGUCCCACGGGUCGAAGCAAGGGAUGAAAGAAUUCAUCGCGGAGAUUGCAAGCGUCGGCCGCAUCAGGCACCGUAACCUUGUGCAGUUACUUGGUUAUUGCCGGCGGAAGGAUGAACUCAUCCUGGUGUACGAUUACAUGCCAAACGGAAGCCUCGACAAGUAUCUAUACAGCGAAGGAGACGACCCCAGCUUGGAUUGCAAUUGGGCUCAAAGAUUUCAUGUCAUGAAAGGCGUCGCGUCCGGCUUGCACUACCUACACGAUAGGUGGGAGAAAGUCGUCGUCCACCGAGACAUCAAGACGAGCAACGUGCUCCUCGACAAAGAAAUGAAUGGACGCCUGGGCGACUUCGGCCUCGCAAAGCUGUACGAACAUGGCACCAACCCAGAAACCACUCGUGUGGUUGGCACCACGGGGUACCUGGCGCCAGAGCUAGUGCGAACAGGCAAGGCCACCCCUCUAACAGAUGUUUUUGCCUUCGGCACUUUCAUUCUUGAGGUUACAUGUGGGCAAAGACCUAUCAAGCAAGACGAGCAAGGCAACCAGAUCUUGUUGGUCGAAUGGGUACUUGAGCACUGGCAGAAUGGGUCGCUCGUUGAGACCGUGGAUCCAAGGCUGCAAGGCGAGUACAAUUCUGACGAGGCAUGUCUAGUACUUAGGGUUGGACUGCUGUGUUCGCACCCAUCUGCCGCUGCAAGGCCCAGCAUGCAGCAAGUUCUGCAGUACUUCGACGGAGAGACGCCGCUCCCGGAGAUGACGCGCGAUGACUUGAGCUUCAACAUGCUAGCUCUCAUGCAAAGGAAAGGGUUGCAUGUCAUGUCAUGCCCAUGCUCGUCGACGAAGACGAGCGUCGGCACCAUAUCCGACCUCUCGGGAGGACGAUGACGCCCAUUACUCUGCCAUGUCCUUGCUUGAAUAAUAGUUAAACUAGUGGAGUGGCCGCACAAUUUGCUCGGCUAGUAUCAUCCAACCGUGCAUGUGCCAUUGUAUCAUUUUAAUUUUAUCACAAACUUGUGCUUAUCUUA